CUUCUUGGCCAUCACCCCGCUUGCCAUCCCCCAUAUCCUCCUCUGGCUCCCUCGACCCUCCGCACGUUCUUUGACCGGGGCGUAUACUGCACAACGCUGGUCAAUUCUUAGUGCGUUUGUCCGCCCAAAUUACUGGUCCUCGGGUCCUGGGGUGAAGCCCUUUGUGUUUUCCUCCCGUCGCUCAUGGCGGCAGCUCUCAGCCACAUGCUUUCUGGCAACGGACGUGUCGAAGACAGACCGAAUGUGGGAUCGUCGCGCGACCGCGAGCGGCACGACAGCAACCGCUCCCAGCACCAGUCGCCGGCGACCCUUCGAACCCAACCCUCGUUUAACGCCUCGCAGGCGUCGGCUCCGAACACCCAAACACUCACUGUCGAAAGCAUGCUCGCAGCGCAUGCCAAUACCCGGGACCCCACUCGUAGUGCACUCGACACCGCUAAUGCUCAACUAUGGAAGCUCAUCGAGAAACAGCGUUCUGGCUACGGACAACUGAUGAAAGAACUGGAGCGCGUCCGUGGUGAGCCCGCUGGGGAGAACACAGAUGCGUUGCUCCGUUCGCAUCGUGACAAGGAGAAGCGUGAAGGCAGGGAGACCACACUGCGCUCGUCUUCAUCUCAGUCUCAGUUAAGAGGAAACGACGGAGGCAGCUCUAGCUCGUAUGUAGCAGACCCUCGGAGCCACGUGUUGCGAAAGCACUCUGCAGACACAGGUGCGCAACCUAUCUUCAGCAGCCUGCGUUCCCAUCCUUCGUCGCGGGAUAAACUUGGCUCACACUCGCGUGUGCCCUCUGCAUUGCCAUCCUCUCUUUCAACUGGCCUCCCUCGCGAUGUCACGCCAGAUGGGCGGCCGACUGACAUUCAACUACGAGCCCUACUCAACAAUCCCGUACUUGGCCAAUGGCAAUCCGGGUAUCGACCGUCUCUCGAUACAGCAAGGCCAAUGGGAAACCGUCCACCGCGCGACUCGUCCCCAGCUCGACCAUCUCCCCACACAUCUUCACCUUCCACGCAACAUUCUUCCCCAGACACGCCGUCUAACCACUCAUUGAGCCCCUACCCUAACGGCGGCGAACGCUACUACGCGAACCUGAGCGACUCGCCCAUGCCCAGUCCUGGAAUUGGUGGGUUGGAGAUGUCGUCUUCGUCGGGACACGCUUCGCCACCGUCUCAGCUACCAUUCGUCCCUGAGGCGGCCGAAUCGCUGCGCAGUCGGUCCGGCACACCUGCGAGCUCUACCGGUGCACGAUCGAGGAGUACGACAGCAGUGGGUGACGAGGCAGCCCCCUUCCUCGACAUGGGUGACGGGGACAGCUUGCAUUCUAGCCAAGGGCGACCGUCGAUCACAGAGAAUGACAUGCUUCGCGUCUCUCAACCACAGGCCUCUGAGCAGCCUCGAACACCAGUCUCACCGUUCCCAAUCGCGGACAUCGCGCCGCAGAUGAAGUUCCGCGCCCUCCCUCUGCUCGCGAGCGACCUUCCACAUACGGAGAUCACUGUCAUAACUUCGACGAUCCGUCCGAACGACCGCGGCAAGGAGGUAGUUUCGUUCAUGGUCGCGGUGGACCCUGGCAUGGGUAAGGAGCCGUGGAGAAUCGAGAAACUGUACAGCGAUGUAAUCGCUCUGGACGCAAGGGUGCGUGCGACCUUGAGCAAGAACGUCACGAAGAAAUUGGUCACACUGCCGGAGGGGCGGAUGUGGCGGGACCACGCACCAGCGAAGGUGGACCAGAGGAAGAGCGCCCUUCAGGAGUACCUGCGCUCGCUGGUAGCACUUCCUGUCAAGAACAAAGACGAAAUCAUCGCGUUCUUCACGUGCGACAUCGUUCGCGAGGCGCAGAAGCCUGUGUCGCAGCCAGGCUACAAGGAAGGCUAUCUGACUAAGCGGGGCAAGAACUUUGGCGGUUGGAAGUCGCGUACUUUGUGCUCCAGGGCCCUUCACUGGAUACUACGAAAGCGUGAGUGCCCUCCAUUGACUCGUGGGGGUGCACACUUGGGCUCUAUCACGAUCACCGGUGCUCAAAUCGGCCGGCAGCAGAAAGCACCCGAUAGGCGGGAUGCGGACGAGGACAACGAGUAUCGACAUGCAUUCCUCAUCAUCGAAGCGAGGCGGAGCCCAAGUGGCUCGACCACCCGCCACGUCCUGUGCGCAGACAGCGACGAGGAGCGUGACAGCUGGGUGGAGGAACUCGUGCGCUACGUGACUGGCGCAUAUUCCGAAGAUCAGGUCGCGAUUGUCCAAAACGGGCCCAGCCCUAUCGCAGUGGGCAGCGCUGCCUCGGCGCAGUCGCGGUCCAGCAUAAGCACCAAUGCUCCCAGCGAGUUCUCCACACCGAACGGUCGUCGAGACGUAGGGCGGGGCGACGUUGCGAAUGGUAGGAUGCAGACAUAUGCGUACGAGAGCACUCCCAGUCCGGUGAAGUCGAUGGCCACGCCAUCCCCUCUUGAGCGAGCAUCCAUCGACGUCGCGCCGCUUUCCAACUCCAUGCCUACUACGUCGCCGCUGAUUAGCGAGGACGCAGAAAUGCCCGCCCCCGUCUCGCAGCGAGCGAACUCAGAGAUGGGCCACUACGCCGAUCUCAGGACACCAGAUCAGAGCCGCAAGAAUCGACGACGCAUGUCCAUUAAUCCUAACAGGGCGCCCGUUCCCGAGCGUGCGCCGUCCAUCCCUGAGCGCACGCCGUCGCCGGAAAAGGAAGCAGCGAUGGCCACCACGCCGAAGGUGGACGCGCAUGGGAAGGUGAAGAUCUCUGGUCCUAUGAAUGGCACGCCCAUUCCUGCCGGGUACAAGUUUGGAGGCAAAGAUGAGAAGCCAGAACCGGCGCCGCCCAGUCAAAGUGAUCGGCGGGAAAAGGCCAAGUCGCGUACCUUCUGGGGAGCCUUUGGUCGCCAGCAUGACAAACCUGCCAUGCCCACUUUCGCUCCACGGGCCGUGUUCGGCGUUCCUCUGGACGAGUCACUCGACGUGGCAGAGAUUGCGAGCCUUCCGGCCAUCGUCUUCCGCUGCAUUCAGUACCUCGAGGCGAAGAAGGCAGACCAAGAGGAAGGUAUCUACCGACUGAGUGGAAGCUCCGCAGUCAUCAAGAGCCUCAAGGAUCGUUUCAACGUCGAGGCUGACGUCGAUCUAUUGGCCUCCGAUGAAUACUGGGACCCGCAUGCGAUUGCUGGGCUUCUGAAGACAUUCCUGCGCGAACUGCCUGCGAGCAUAUUGACGCGUGAUCUUCACCUGCGGUUCCUUUCAGUGAUCGACUUCGUUGACCCGCAAGAACGCAUCAGGGAGCUCUCAGUCCUCAUUGCGUCCUUGCCACUUGCGAACUACAGUCUCCUGAGAGCGCUGACGGCGCAUUUGAUCUUGAUUGUGCAGAACGCCCAUGUGAACAAGAUGACGAUGAGGAACGUCGGCAUCGUGUUCAGCCCCACUCUCGGCAUACCUGCUGGGGUGUUCAGUCUCAUGCUGGGCGAGUUCAAACGCGUGUUCAACGUCGACGGCACGCUGGAAGACGGGACACCCGCUGAGGAAGAGGAGAUCGUCGAUCGGCGCAACAGCAGGCGCUACACUGAUGCCGCGGCCGACCAGCUUCUUGGUCUCUCUGGAAGAGCGCUGCCGGAGAAUAAUGGCGACACUCCAUUAGACGAUGGGGAAGAGGCGUCCGUCAUCGAAGAUAGUACCGAAGGCGCAACUGAGAACGACGCGGACUUCGUGGGAUCCUCGGCGGGAUCGAGCUCGGUGAACCUCCCACCAGGAAGCGGGGCGUGUCUUUGCAUAGCCUGCAGAUACCAGAGCAGGCGGGCGGGAUGGCGGCCGGCUCCGACCCGCGGCCUCAACAUCACGACGUCCGACAGGACAAACCACCGGAACCCUCCCAUCGCGGGCCUCCCGGCCUCCCCGCGCCCGAGCCCUCGCGCUGGGGGCAACGGAGCUCCUUCACCCAGUGUUGCGGUGAGCAGCCCGCUGACUCCCAGGUAGGCCCGUUGCGCGUCUGUGCCGUGCUCUGGACACUGGCUUCGACGUGUACGGACUGUAGCGAUCGCUUCCCUUGUUCUGAAAACAGCUUGUGGGAGGCGUGUACGGCAUUGCAAGCAUCCUUGUGUAUAUUCUUUUUUGCAUUUACGGGUAGAUUAUACGAGUAGAUAUCACGGAGCGUGUACGCAGUCUGAAUGAUACCGUGCAUGGUGCAACUGUCUGUGGACUCUGUUAUGCGUUCUCACUAAUUACAGCUUGGUCGUGGCACUGGUGGCUGAGUUGAGAGCGACUGCCAAGUUAUAUUUGCGGCCCGGUGAGCGUGGAGGAAGGGGGCGAGGCGGGCAUUGCGGGCGGCUCGACCGACGACCACGGUGCCUGGGCGGACUAGCGCGCGAUCAGAAAUUAUGCGUGAGAUCCGACCUGCGGGUACGCGUCUGCCCGUC